AUGAUCUGCUUUAUUAAGAGCCCGCUUCUUGCCGCAGUCUUGGCAUCCAUCACAACCCUAACCUCCCGAGUUACCGCCCAAGUGGCCCCCCCAGAUACCGACAACGAAUCCAUCAACUUCGGAAGCGCAUCAGACUUCCAAAGCUUCAUAUCCACCAGCUCCUGCGUAAUCUGCUGCUUCCAACGGUACCCUAAUGUCCGGUGCACCGGUUUCAACCAAUUAACAAAUGUAGUCGACUGUAGCGUUAAUUCGUGUUUAUGCGACGGCAAUAUCAGGAGCAGGGCCACCGAUCAUUUGUCAACUUGCGUCGAGUUUAGUUGUUUUGAGGAUACAAGGGGUAUACCCGGCGCCAUCAGCGUGUUUGAUGGGUAUUGUAGUCAAUAUCUUGCGAACGAUAGGGGUGGGGUUACGGGUACGAGUGGAGGAAGCGGUGCCGUUGCACCGGAGACGGUGACGGUUGUGGAGACACGGACGGUGCCGGUGAGGACUACUGAGAGUUCGACGACGAGUACGGCGGAGAAUGAAACCAAAACCAUCACAACUUUCGUCACCCCUAGCAAUGAAGCUUCGAACGAAGAAACCGAGAAGAAUACGGUAACUAUAACCACGACUGCAACUACUGCCGCUUCGACAAAUGCCUCCACGGGAGGAGGAGGCCGUCUGUCAGAGUCUGGGAAGAUCGGAGUGGGGCUGGGAAUCGGCAUUGGUGUACCUGUAUUCGCGAUUUUGGUUUAUUUGGCUUACCACUUCGGGAGAUUGCCACCUGCGGCACCUGAGAUGUUGGAGCCGAUUCAGGGAUCGUAUGUUGGUUGA